CACUGCUCUGGGCACCCUGGGCCAGGGCCUCCCCACCUGAACAGCAAAACAUUUCUCCCUAAAAUCUCAUCAUAAUCUUCUUCCUUUCUGGCUAAAGCCGUUCCCCUCAUCCUGUCGCUGCCCUCCCUGAUCCAGAGCCCCUCCCCAGCUUUCCUGGAGCCCCUUUCAGCACUGGAAGCUGCUCUGAGGUCUCCCCACAGCUUUCUCCUCUCCAGGCUGAACAACCUCAACUCUCUCAGCCUGUCCUUGUACGGGAGGCAUUGCUCUGCUCUGUGUUUACAGACAUAGAAAGAUCUUUCAUAGCUGGAACUCCAGCACCUCUUACAUUAGCAUUUAAGUUCCACAUUUAUAUUAUCGGGAUAAAGCAGAAAUGAACGAGAGAAUGUGAGAAAGUGCGUUACGCUUUUCCAGACGCUUCUUGAAAGCAGCUUUCUCAUAAAAACUGAUACUUUAAACAUUACAGAUCUCUGGGUAUGUCAGUAAAUAUUGACAGAACUUUGUCAGCAGAGAUUAUGAGUCAGCUCUGGCCUCGCAUUUACACAGCAACUUCUCAUUCAUUAUUAAAAACAUAAUCCCUUCUAGUCUAUAAAGUUCUCCAGCCCUCGGGUCAUCUCCGUGGCCUCCUCUGCACUCGCUCCAACAGCUCCGUGUCUUCCUUGUGCUGAGGACUCCAGAACUGGACACAGGGCUCCAGGUGGGGUCUCACCAGAGCGGAGCAGAGGGACAGAAUCCCCUCCUCCCUGCUGGUCCCGCUGCUCUGGGUGCAGCCCAGGAUGUGUCUGGCUUUCUGGGCUGCCUGUCCCUGGCUUGGGUUCCUCACUGAAGGAAUCCCUGGUGCUCAAGCAGCAGCCCUCCUGGCUCUCCAGUGAGUUGAGGGCAGCAGCAGCUCUGAUUCCCUUCUCACCACGACUGAUAUUGCACAUUUUUUAAUAACAGAUGGGGUCUAUGGGUAUGUCUUCAUUUCUCUCUCUCUUCCCAAUGUCGAUCUGUAUGGUGUAUUUGCCAAGAACACCAAAAGCACAGGACCCUAUGGCCACCAGCAAGCUUGCCUUGCCCCAUUCCUCAUCUGCCCACCUGUGUCAUUGUGCCACCUUCUGCUGCUCUGCAUUUCUGUCCAGCAACAGCCACAGACUGGUUUUGGAAGUGAUUCUACACCAACAAACUCUGUGUUCAUGGGGCUUUUUCUGACCCAGUAGCAGACAGGAGUAUUGUUCCAAAAUACCAGCUGGCAAGGUGCGAGGUGCUGCCUGGCAGCCGAGUUCUCCCACUUGCACCCGGGCCACAUCGGCUGCAUGAAGCGUGAGAAAAUCCUUCCUAGAACUCCAUCCGUCUUGGAAGCAGCCUGUUUAUAUUCUCUUCAUGUUGUCUCAUUAGUGCAGAAACUUGCUUUCACACGAACAUUGCCACCAAUGUAAUUGCUUAAUAUAAUUAAAGCUCCUGGCUCUUUACAUUUGAUGGGUGAUAAAGAAAAGGCUUCGUGUCUUUAUGAAUUCAAAGCUUGCAUGGUUGCACAGUGGCGUUGAAUUCGUCUCCUCACUCCCUUCAGAAACACUGCGGUGGUGGUCCACGAGAAUUUGGAUGGACGUCAAUGAAGCAUUCGCCCCCAGCAUUCUGCAUUCUGCAGGCUUUGUAGCUGCUGUGCUGGCCCUGAUGAUUUAUGCAGCCCAGGUCCAGAAGAAACUUUGUAAGAGAAGCCUAAAGAAUUCAGAUGGAGUGACUGACUGCAAGUACAGGCAUUCUGAAGUUACAGUUCAUUCCCGUGAAUGCUGCCAUGCAGACAUCUACAUUAUUUACUUUCUUCCAAAAAGUCAAUGUACUGUUACAAAAUUCACCGUUUACAGUAAUUUUUGCCUUGAUAUUCCCAGUGAAAUGUCACUGUUUAUGUCCAUGUAAUAAGAAUGGAAAGAAAAUAUGCUUUGCUUAACAAGACAUCGAUGCAAAUCGUAUUUAGGAUGGGUUUCAUGUUUUCAGCAUUGGGAGGUUUGGCUCUGAUGAAAAUCAUGUGUGUAGUUGGUUGUUUUAUGCACUGCGAGUCUCAGAUGGCUGGGAUUAUGUUCUUCCAAUUUAACAAGGUUAUUCAUUCAGUAAGCAGAGAGAGAUGAGGCAGAGCACAACCCGAGAUCCCAGCUCUUGUGAACCUGACAAGUAAGGACAGUCUGAAUCUGAUGAUUCUGCUUGGAAAAGACAGUCCCUACUGAACAACGCAUGGGAUUAAAAUGUUUCAUUCCUUUCAGACUUUGAAUAUCAGAAUCAGAGGAAACACCUCAUCAGUGUGACAGUGGACUUUUUAUUAGAGAAAUUGUUAUAUUUAGUUCAGAUUUUUACUGCUCUAAGGAAAGAAUAUACCGAAAGGGUGUAAAUUACACAAGAGCCGGGCUGGUUUUUACUGCAAGGCAACGGGACAAGCGGCUAAAUCAGCAAGGACCGUUGUCAUCUGUGGUGUUCCAGACGGCCUCCUGCACGACGACAUCAUGGCUGACAUCCUGAUGAUUCACUUCCAAAAGUCGAAGAACAACGGUGGGGAUGUGGAAGAAGUGGUGUAUCCAACAAGGGAAAAAGGAGUUGCCUAUGUAACUUUUGAAGACAAAGAAGUUGUAGAGAGUGUUGUGAAGAAGGAUGAACACCAGCUGGAAGACAAGAGGUUGUCCAGACGCUAUCUGCUGAAAGUAACUCGCUACUGUGACAACGUCUUCAGCUCUGUCACAGCUGUCCUCAAUGUGUCUGUUUUCCAAGAUAAUUUUGUUCUGGAAGAUCUGAUACAAGAACUUAAAAGAAAGAGCACAGCUCUGAGCUUCGGUCCUUUGCAAUCCAAUGGGCACAUUUCUGUUCAAGGGUCAUUUCCGGCAAUGCAAUUGCUGAGAGACUUUCUCUUGCUAAAAGCAAAAUCCCUUUCAGAGAAGGACAAAAGAGAAGAAAGGAAAUCCCAUGAGAGACCAAAGACAAGGCUACAGCAACACAGACUUACCGCGAAGAUGAAAAAUUCAGUUCAUGAUGCAGAUGGGGAAAAACACAUGGUUGUUCUUGACACAGAUAUUUAUCACUACAUGAAGUCCUUUUCUCCCAGGACACUCCUCAUGAGUGAUGAUGUUGUAAUUUCUGACGUCACAGAUGGUGAUGUAACUACAGUAUACAUUGAGAGUGGUGGAAGUGGGUCUGAUGCUGGACAGGUAUUAAGAGUCAAAGAAAAAAUUGAACAACAGUCUUUAAAACUCCAUAAUACUUUACGUAAAGAAAGGAUUUACUUUGAAGAGCACGUCAGAAAUGAAAAGCAGAGAUACAAAUGGGCAUGCGAGAGUCUAAAACCCCGUUACCCUCACGUUUUGAUCAUUCCUUACGAUACACACAUUGAUGUGAUAGGGAAUUCUUCCCAGGUUUUUGAAUUUACAAAGGAAGUGAGCAGUAAGGUUCAGAGACGGUUUCAAUCCAGCUAGAAAGUUAGUGUUCAUGCUUUUUAUGUGUUGUGCUUCUUGUACAGACUGAGCUGGUGCAACCUGUACUCCUCUGUUUCACUGAAGGAAUGUCGCAUUUCUCCCACUCCUGGCUGGGAAAGGUGGACAAGCCCAUUCCUGCCGAACAUUAAAUUAAGUUCAGAAUAGGAAACAGAUGAUCUCUGUUAUCUCUCAUGAGCUUAGAGACCAAAGAGAUUAGACCUCUUUUGUCCAGAUACAGCCACCUUUUUCCUUUUAUUAGCUGCAUUCUGGACAUAUGCAUGCUCAUUGUCUAUCAGGAAGCAUAUGAUGAGAAAAGAGGGGUUUUGAAGGAGUUCUCAUUAUCAUAAGAUGUCAGACUGGCAAAGCUGGGGAGGCCAACCUGAUGGAAAAUACUGUGCUGAAGCUGAGUUGUGUUUCCUUGUGCAAGCAGAUGAUCACUGGAAAAGGGAAUGGUGGGUUUUUCGGUUACCUUUGGCUGCACCAUUAGUUGCUUUCUAAGUUCAAUGUCUUGGAGCACUACAGUUCCCUUUUGUUAGAAACUGUGCAAAUGCCCUCGGACAGUCAGACUUUGAUAGUCUCAAGGUAUAUAUAGUUUAAAAAACACCCUUAUAUAUAUUGUUUUGACUUUAAAGAGCUAUCAAUAUGUUACCUGUUUAUGUCUAUCUUGCCUUUCAUUCUGGGGUCAAAUGCUUACAGCUAAACAUGAAAGCCUGUUACAGAAUUCCACCUCACCCAGUAAAAUUAGGGACUAAGCCUGUCCACAGGAACACAGCAACUUUGGUGUGGUUUUAGUUUUUUAAACAUAAACUUUAUGUCUGUUACAAAGAUCCAAGUGCCCACCCUAAUCUGGGCUUUUUAUAAAAUUAAUGUAGGAAAAAAAGCUCUUAUUUCGUGAUAUCGCGGUGUUCAGAAUACUUUCUCAAAACAUCCAGUGCACCGGCUCAUUUGCCUUCUGUACGGGAAAAGCUUUAUGUUUUUAUGCCAUUAAAGAAGUAGUUAUACAAAAUACCGUGUCUGUGCUGUUUAAACCUACCCACAGACUUUUGGUUGAAAGCCCAAACCUACAGCCUAAGAAAUGCUUUAGGCAUUUCCUUGUCAUGCCUGAUUAUCAUUGCAGUUAUGCCAGUGGAAGAUAAGGUGGUUACACUGGUGCCAAUGCUGUGGAUUAAAGUAUGACCUCAAAGUAGGGAGAUGGUGAGCUUAAGUACUUUGCUGAAUUGUGGGAGGGAGAAGUAUUUAAUGGCUUAGUCUCUUCUAAGUUCCUCUGUAGCCAGUGGGUUCAGCAAGAGGAGUGGGAGAUGGGGCUGCAGAUGGGGUGCUUGGAGUCAGGCCCUGGAAUAGCCCCUCCUGCUCCCAGCCCUCCAGCACUGAGUUGGUUUGGGUGCUCCUGUAGAGCCUGAUUGGAAGGUUUUCCACCUUCUAAAAGAGAAAAUCUUCUAUGAGAGAUAAUCCUUUAGUGAACUUAGUGCUUUUUUCUAUGGUCUGGAUUGAUCUUCCCUUCUUUUUUCUGAGGAGCUGCAUUAGUAUGGAGCAUCGUUAUCUAUGAUUUUCUGAUUCAGUGCAUUAGUAUUUCCUGUUCACUUCACCAGAUAUUUAGGACUAGACUGGUAAACCAGUGACACUGGUGCUGGUUUGAUUACUGAGUGGUUAUGACUGGCUGGGUGUCGCUUUUUGAGUCAGGCUCGACAUCCGAACAGUUUGCAGCGCUGGUGUGGGUGUUAUUCAGGUCCUGUUGCCUUACAUCAAGUCAUUUGGACCUAAUGAUUUUCAGUCAAAACCUGAAAAGCUUGAAAACAUCACUGCUGGAUAAAAUUUAUUUGCUGAAUCCUGGUUUGGUCAUCACAAAAUCAUAGAACCGUGGGAUGGUUUGG